CUUUUGACCCAUACAACACUUAGGACAGAGGAAUACGCAACAACAACAGACCCAAAGUACAGGAAGUUCGUAACAUCGUCACAUGACUCGUAAUGUAAUCACAUGACAGUCAAUAGACAAGACUUGUGAAAUGUAAUCAUCCAACACUGGACUUCUUCUGCCUGGACUUUUGGGGUCUCUGUGAGAAUGGCUGUGAAGUGGUUUUGUCUUGGACUCAUUUUGCUGUUCCUCUGUUCAGCAGCGGAGACACGUUCUGUGAGGGAAAAGCAAAAUAAUGAGGUCCGCCCAUCUCACAGAGACCUCACACCUGAUUUAAAAGAAAAGUACUUCAAGCAAAUUUUAGAUCACUUCAAUUACAACAGCUUGGGCAAUGGCACGUUUGAUCAGCGCUAUCUUAUCACAGACCAGUACUGGAGAAAAGGCUAUGGUCCCAUUUUCUUCUACACUGGUAAUGAAGGGGACAUAUGGGACUUUGCUUUGAAUUCUGGGUUUAUAACAGAACUGGCAGAAGUGCAGAGAGCUCUGGUGAUAUUUGCUGAACACAGGUAUUAUGGAAAAUCUCUUCCAUUCGGCAAGGACUCGUUCAAAAUCCCUCAAGUGGGACUGUUGACAGUGGAGCAGGCCUUGGCUGACUAUGCAGUCAUGAUCACACAGCUAAAGGAGGAACUGGGUGCCCAGUCAUGUCCCGUCAUUGUUUUUGGUGGAAGCUACGGGGGAAUGUUGAGUGUUUACAUGAGGAUCAGGUAUCCAAAUAUUGUGACUGGAGCAUUAGCUGCUAGCGCCCCCAUCCUGUCCACAGCAGGUCUGGGACAAUCUAAGCAGUUCUUCCAGGAUGUAACAACUGACUUUGAGAAGGUCAGCCCUGCCUGUAGAGAUGCAGUAAAAGGAGCUUUCCAGAUGCUAGACACUUUAGCACAACAGAAAGACUACGGACGUAUCCAGUCUGCCUUCUCUCUUUGUAAAACUCCCUCUACCUCAAAGGACAUCAAGCAGCUGAACGGGCUUUUACGAAACGCCUUUACAUACAUGGCCAUGAUGGACUAUCCUUACAGUACUCAUUUCAUGAGCAACAUGCCAGCUUUCCCUGUAAAGGUGGCGUGCGAGGUCAUGCUGAAUGGCACCGACCUUAUGUCUGCACUCAGAGAUACAGUUGGCAUUCUGUAUAAUUCCACCGGUGAAUUUCCAUGCUACGACAUCUACUCUCUCUAUGUGGAGUGUGCCGACCCUACUGGCUGUGGUCUUGGAUUCAACAGCUUUGCAUGGGAUUACCAGGCCUGCACUGAGAUCGAGAUGUGCUUUGAGAGUAACAACGUGACAGACAUGUUCCCCCCUAUGAAGUUCACUAUGGAACAGAGAGAACAGUACUGCCUCAAGAGAUGGGGUGUUGUGCCUCGUCCAGGCUGGCUGAAAACCCAAUACUGGGGAAACGAUCUUUCUACUGCAAGCAAUAUCAUAUUUUCCAAUGGAGACCUUGAUCCUUGGGCUAAUGGAGGGAUCAGAAAGUCACUUAGUUCGUCACUGAUUGCGAUCAACAUACCGGAAGGAGCUCAUCAUCUGGAUUUAAGGGGAUCCAACCCUGCAGAUCCUGAAUCAGUGAUCACUGCUCGCAAAAUGGAGUCUGAAAUUAUUGCUCAGUGGGUGAAGCAAGCCAGGAAAAAGUCAUCAUGAAUUUUUUUUUUACAUUUUAUUUGAAAAUUUUUAAUUUGAAAAUAUUUAAUAAGGGGGCGUUACACCAAUGCGUUUUUCCUACGGCCGGCGUAUGUUUUCAGUUGUUUCCAAUGGUGUUUUUCCGCGUUCAGCACUGAGCUCCAGAGUUUUGGGUGAAAUGCUCAGCUUGUCAAUCGCUGUGUCUUUUUCAGUUGGCUGUCCCAUUUCAAAAAAAGAAUUAGGACACUCCCAAAUACGACCUUCUUUCAUAGGAAUUCGGAAAAUGCAUGAAAUGCAUCUUUCACUGCUGCAAAAACCCACAUUUCCUUGCGUUGCCACAAACAAUGUCAUUUCUUUACGUCAUUCUACACUGGCAGCUUUUAAUACAGGAAAGCUGUGGUGUUUAAAGUCGCAUAUUGUGUUGACCUAAGGACAACAUUUUUUUUAAUAAAAACCUAAAUCCACCCCAAACCCUAACCAUAACCAAACCCCAAAAUCAGAGGGACAUGAAAAGUGAAAAACAAUAGUCUAGAAACAGCUAAUCCUGGUUGUAAGCUUAAACUUAAAACAAACUUACUUAUUCAUUUAGCUGACGCUUUUAUCCAAAGCGACUUCCAAUUGUUAUAUAGGUCAGAGGUCACACGCCUCUGGAGCAACUAGGGGUUAAAUGUCUUGCUCAGGGACACACUGAUGUAUCACAGUGGAUUCGAACCCGGGUCUCUCACACCAAAGGCGUGUGUCUUAUCCACUGCGCCAUCAAACGGUGAACUUAUUUCUGAAAUCUGAUUAGUUGAUUGAAAUGCUGUCCCAGGGUCAGCAUAAUGUUGCCCUGAGGACAUCAACCACUUGGCAAAAUCAGGAGAGCCGUUUAAAGUCCUCCUGAACAGGAAGUUGCGAUCAACGUUACUUCCGUGUUGGGACGUAUUUCCGUCUGAUAUGGAAUAUCAUGCAAGGAAAAUAUUGGGUGUGGCUUGUGUUUUCUACUGUGCUUUGAUUGGAUAUAUAAAAGUAGGCAUUUCAUUCAGAAAUAGAACUGGCAGCAGACUGACCGUUGGAGGGGGCGGAGUUAAAGGAUGCAUAUUUGAUAGAUUUUAAUUGAAGUUUAUAAGGAUGCACAUAUAAAUUGUUUGUUAUAAACACUGCAAUAUAAAAAAAAGAAUUGUCAGUAUGGAUUUCAUUGGGACUUUAAAUGUAAAAGUAUGAAAAAGUAGUUUGUAAGUAUUAAAGUAGAUACGGUAAAUUUAAAUUAGUUUAGACACAUAAAUGAGGCACGAGAAAGAGGUCUCGUUUAAUUUGAGGUUGAGGACCCUCCGUAUACCGCAUCUUUCAGCGGAUGCAACCUCCAGAGGACGUAAAGGAUGCAGUCUUUUGAAACAAGACGCAGCUAAUGUAACUUUUCACUCAGCUGUCUAAUUACAGUGGAGAAGGGGCGGGACAAAUACCCCAUCAACCAACUGGAGCAUCGUACAACGACAAAACAGAAGUAUCAUAGCAUCACUUUUUCACAAAAAUUCACAUAAAAAAAAAAUGUGUGUACAGUCUCUCCUAAAUCUGAGUUGAGGUGCUUCAGUCAAAAGUAGUCAAUAUAGUAUAUAUCACUAAUGUAUCACAUAAUACAGUAUGUAUCACUAAUGCUUUCCCAUUUCAGAUUACUCUUUUGAAAUUUAAGGCACAUCUUUGGUGUAUAAAUUAGUAUUAAACCUUGUUGAUCUGUCAUAUGCAUGAAGCAGAUUAUUAAGAUGAUAUUAAAACAAUUGAGUGUGUAAUAAAAAGCUCUUUAUUUUAAA